CAGGGAGCUGAUUCUGAGCUUGUUGCGUGAGAUACGAUACUGAGAGGAAGCCCAGCCAAGAGGAGGUGAGCCUCGACGGUCAGGAGGGAAGCAGCAGCUAGCUCCGAGCCGGACAUUCUCUCAGGGUUCGCUGUCGGUGGCCCGGAGUGUGUGCUCUUCACGAUGAGACAGCCAGUCAGUCCUGCCUUGGUGCUAUCGCUCGUAAGCUGGCUAACAGGCUGGGCCGGGGUCCACAGCGCCAAAGAGAACUUUGGGCCAGUGUUCAAAGAGGAGCCAAAGUACACCUUGUAUCCCGAAGGAUCAGCUGAAGGGAGGGUGACGUUGAACUGCCAAGUGCGUGCCAGUCCGCCCAUUACGUACAGGUGGAAGGUGAAUGGGACGGAUAUUAACAUUGAGGGAGACAGCCGUUACAGCUUGGUUGGAGGCAAUCUCAUCAUCAGCAGCCCAACGAGGUCCAAAGAUCCUGGAUCUUAUCAAUGUCUGGCUACAAAUAAAAUCGGGACCAUCAUCAGCAAAGAAGGCAUCUUGCGCUUUGGCUAUCUUUCGCAGUUUUCCACAGAGGACCGGGAGACAGUAAAGAUAGUGGAAGGAACCGGGGUGAUCGUGUCAUGUAACCCACCCCCACAUUACCCAGUUCCAGCCUAUCGUUGGUUUAUCGAUGAAAUCCCAAACUUCAUUGCACCCGAUGAACGUCACUUCAUCUCACAAGUUACAGGGAACCUGUACAUUGCCAAAGCCAAGACGUCAGACACAGGGACCCAUUCCUGUUACCUCACCAGCCACAUUGACUAUGCUACCACCAGCGUCUUCAGCAAGCCCAUUCCUUUGAUCGUACAACCUGUGGGAGAUGUUCGGACUCACUCGCCGCAUAUCCGGGCAAGGUUCCCCUCAGAAACCUACGCCUUAGCUGGGCAAUCACUAAACCUGGAGUGUUUCGCCUUUGGAAACCCUGUCCCCGCCAUCAAAUGGAGGAAGCUGGAUGGGUCCGUGACGUCGAAGAUGUUGAAGUUCAUAAACAAGCCCAUCCUCCACAUUCCCGACGUACAGUUUGAAGAUGAAGGAGUCUACGAAUGUGAGGCGGAAAACUCAAGAGGGAAGGACACAUUUCAGGGGAGAAUCAUUGUUCAUGCUCAGCCGGUUUGGCUACAGAUCAUCGGUGACACCAAGGCUGACAUUGGCUCUGUCCUGUGGUGGAAAUGUGCCGCAGCCGGUAAACCACGGCCGACCUGCAGAUGGUUGAUGAACGGCCAGCCAUUGACGUCUAAGAGCCGAUUUGAAGUCAACAACUGCGCGUUGAAAAUAUCGAGGCUGGCUCUGGAAGAUUCCGGAAUGUUCCAGUGCGUGGCUGAGAACAAGCAUGGGACCAUUUACACCAGCGCUGAGCUCAGAGUGGAAGCCUUUGGCCCAGAUUUCCAAGCGAACCAAGUGAAGAGGCUGAUUCCCGCCGCGCGUGGAGGGGAGGUGAUAAUAGGGUGCCGUCCGCGAUCAGCUCCCAAACCCAGCAUCAUGUGGAGCAAAGGAACAGAAAUUCUCUCCAACAGCUCCAGAAUGACCAUAACCCCAGAUGGCACCUUGAGCAUUCGGAACAUAAGCCGGGCGGAUGAAGGAAAGUACACCUGCUUUGCGGAGAAUUUUCUGGGCAAGGCGAACAGCACGGGCACCGUGUCUGUCAGAGACGCCACCAAGAUCACGCUGGCUCCGUCCAACGCUGACAUCAACCUGGGGGAGGAGCUGGUGCUGCAGUGCCACGCGAGCCACGAUCCCACCAUGGACCUCACCUUCACCUGGUCCCUCAACGAAUUCCCCAUCGACUUUGACGAGAUGUGGGAGCACUACCAACGCGUUUCCACGCGGGAAACUAUAGGUGAUCUGAAGAUAAUCAACGUUCAGUUGGCACACUCUGGGAAGUACAUGUGCACGGCUCAGACUGUAGUGGACAGUGCCUCUGCAUCUGCAGUGCUGGUUGUGAGAGGUCCACCAGGCCCACCGGGAGGUGUUGUGAUGAAGGAAAUCAAUGACACCUCGGUGCUACUGAGCUGGAGUAGAGGCUACGACAAUCACAGCCCUAUCGGCAGGUACAUAAUCCAAGCCUGGACACCGCUAUCUAAUGAGUGGAAGAAUGUCAGGACAGCUCCGCAGCAUAUUGAAGGCAACCUCGAGUCAGCCUGGGUGAUAAACCUUAUCCCGUGGAUGGACUAUGAAUUCCGAAUCAUCGCCAACAAUAUCUUGGGCACAGGAGAUCCCAGCCUUCCCUCUCAGACCAUCCGCACCAGAGAAGCAGCUCCCACUGUGGCCCCGUCGAACAUUAAUGGAGGAGGUGGGGACCAGCACGAGGUGACAAUGCUGUGGGCGGCCAUGCCUCGCGAAUACCAGAACGGAGAGGGCUUUGGCUACAUCAUCACCUUUCGGAAGGAGGGGACGAAAGAGUGGCGGCACGCCAAAAUCCUGGGCGCUGAAUCCGCUCGAUACGUCUACCAGAACUACACCAUCGCGCCUUACAGUCGAUUCGAGGUGAAGGUGAAGGCCUUCAACAACAAGGGCCAGGGUCCAUACAGCCAGGACUCCAUCGUCUACUCAGCAGAAGAAGAGCCAAGAGUUGCCCCAUCAGGAGUCACAGCCAGCAGCCUCUCCUCUUCCGAAAUCGAGGUGAGCUGGAAGCCAGUGGGACAGGUCACGAUGAAUGGGAUACUGCUGGGCUACGAGAUCAGGUACUGGCGAGGGAAAGACAAGGAGGAGUCGGCCGAUCGCUUGCGGACAGCGGGGCUGGAGACCUCGGCGCGGGUCAGCGACCUGAAGGCCAGCACCCUGUACCACGUGGAGGUUCGGGCCUACAACAGUGCAGGCAGCGGCCCGUCCAGCCCCUCCACCACCAUCAUCACCAGGAAAGCCCCUCCAAACCGGCCACCCAGUAAAAUCACCUGGAAGGCGCAAGGUUCCUGGGUGAGGAUCAAGUGGGACCACGUCAAGGCCUUCGACAAUGAGUCCACUGUGGACGGAUACAAGGUGUUCUACAAGCCUGAAGAUGAGUCGCCCAUCAAAGUGACAGAAACCAGCAAGAACUCGGUGCAGCUGCCGUUCUCCGAGGACCUGAGCUACCUGGUGGUGAUCCGGGCGUCCGGAGAAGGAGGAGACGGAGCAGCGGCUAAAAUCAGGAUAUCCAAAAACUCAGGUACCAGCAUGAUGGUGGACAACUCAGGUGUGCAAGUCCUCCACAACGCCCUCUUCACUGCCAUUCUAACGGUUACUGCCAUGGCCUGCCUGGAACUCUGACCGCCACCACUCGCCUGAGCCGCCUCUGCACGCCCAUUUUCCACUGAAGGAUGAGUCAUUCAACACCACAACUGUUUAUAGUAUUAAAAAAGAAAACGUGACAUUUGUCUUACGAUUUUAGGUAGAAAAUUUCAUACAUUUGUUGAACUGGGGUAAGAAACAUCGAGAAAAAAAAUUUGUAAAAAAAAAAAAAUCCGGGAAACAUCAAAGAAUAAGAUUUCAUAAUCCAUUCGAUUCGGAAGUUGUAACCUAGCAGUUAAAUUCUACAAUAAUAUACUAGAGACAAAGCUGUAUAGAAUGAUAUUUCUUUUUAUAUGCUCAAGUGCUGUACAUUUGUAGAUACAACACCUAAUUUGAACAGGAAAUUUUGGCUACAGGGUUUCCAAGAUCCAAAAAGGUAUUGUGACGUAACAUAAUCCCCUUGCAAAAUAUAGUCCAUUUGCCCAG